AUGUAUAAAAGUGAAGUGAACUAUAGUAGUGUUAAAACGCCACGAAGCCGGAGCGAGACGAUAACGUUGAGAAGUAAAACUCCAGCAGGAGGGCGAGACGGCGGCGGAGGAGCAAGAGAAGAAAGCGGCGGAGAAGCAAAGGGAGCAAAAGCCAAGGGGUCAGGGAAGGAGUCGUCACUAGUGUCGGGAUCAGGAGGGCUUGGGGAAGAAGGGAUUGUGCCGGCGCCGGAAGGUAGAUCGGCGGUUCCGGGGGAAGGGAGGAGAGGAGCGAUCUCCGGUGAAAGCUGA